AUAUGAGCUAAAACCAUAGUUUAAUAUGAGAUACUGAUGGAGCAAUGUUAAAUACUUUAGGAAUCAAUGUUACGUAUCUUGGAAGCCCGAAAGCGUGACGAAGAAAGAGGGAUACUCGUUUGCUUCACCGAGGAAGUCGUGUCGCUGGAACGAUGAAGAAAGUAAAAUGGUUCAAACCAAAACCCUCUGCAGACAAGAAACAAGGCCAGCGUAAGAAAAGUGAGGAUCACGAUGAAUCUUCCGACCAAGUGGAGACCGCUCGAAAAUCGAUUGGCGAUGGGCCUUCCGACGUUGUGGACGCCAUGCCUGCAGGAAUCUUCGUCCCUGGGUCUACACAGAGGAGCCAAAACUGUGUGACUGCCUGCUUAAAAGCCUGUUGGUCCACUUUUGGAACGCAGUGCAACAGCAGUUCUGCGUGGAAUGGAUCCAACAAAUCCCUGGUAGGAUUGCAAAGAAAAACUCAGUCGUUGCCGAAACCUACACCUACACCGACACCGACAUCUUCCGCCAACAUUCUGCCAAACCCUGGUGUGUCUCGCGAUGGUCAGGAGUACUCUAUGUGCAGACAGAAACGCGGUGUGGCUAUGAUCUUUAGCCAUGAGACCUUCGACGCUAGAGCAUACGACGACGAGCUACACCAACUUCCGGAUAGGAAGGGUACAAAUAUCGACAGAGACGCACUCCGCCACACUUUCGAAGACCUCGGCUUCGAUGUCCGCUGUUUCGACGAUCUGUGUUAUUACCAAAUAAAUAACGAACUCAGAGGGGUGGCCCACCAGGACCACAGAAACUACGACUGCGUCGCAGUGGCGGUGCUUACUCACGGUGAGAGGGACGGAAAGCUGCAUGCCAGAGACAGGGACUACUACGUCAGCGAGCUGUGGGAGCCGUUCACAGCCAGGCAGUGCCCCACUCUCGCCGGGAAGCCAAAGCUCUUCUUUAUACAGGCGUGCAAAGGAGAUGGCCUUGACCAGGGUGUGAACGUCAGCAGCACUCUGCGAGAUGUCGCGGACAGUUCACCUGUGGGCUUCAGCUACCCAGUGCCUUCUUAUGCCGAUAUCCUCGUCUCGUACUCAACAUUCGAAGGUUUGUACUCCUACCUCAACACAAAAAACGGUUCAUGGUACGUGCAGACACUAUGUUCCCACCUGAAAGAGCACGGCAAAACCAUGGACCUCAUGUCGUUGCUCACUGAAGUGAAUCGCGUAGUGGGUCAGGAGUUUCGUGUCAAGAACAAGUCGGAGCCACGCCUGCAGGGCAUGGUGCAGGCUCCAUCCUUCACGUCGUCUCUGACGCGUCGCCUCCGAUUCCGGUAGGGCGGCCAUCCCUGGCGUCGCUGCCCUCGACUCGGCACUACAGAAAGAGUCUGUCGUGUCACGGAGGACAGGCUCCGCAAAAUCAUCGUCAAAUAUCUCACACUGUUUGAUAGAUUACUUGCUAUUUCUGAUUGAAUUUAGCUCGUUUUGUGGAACUUAAGACACACUACAAUUUAUCUAAUUUUUCAGUUUUUAUUUAAUUCAGUUUAUUUAAUUUUUCAAGUUUUUUAUGUAACUCAGUUUUUUAUGAACCAUGUGUAUGAUACAGUAUAACAAUAUAGACUAAAUUGAUGUACAGGAUACUUAUUUAUUACUUAAAUAUAUCUGUGGGAUGACUAUUUAUACAGGAACGUACUUUAUGUUAUGUUUAACUCUGCUUUAGUUUUGUAUCAUCUCGCUUCUGACUAAUUUUAUGUUUCCCAUAUCGAUUUCCUCUCCUAAGUAAAUCUCUUUAUCUCAGAGUAGCACUUACCUCCGUUGUGCUUUAUUAUUUAAUGUGUAUCUUCCUAUUUACAAUAUUUUAUGUCUGCAGUUCCAUCCAGUACCUUACAAGCUAUUUUCAGAUAUCUCAACAUAUUUCACGCCAUAUUCUGUAUUGCUGUUAGUGUUUUCCUCACCUUAUUUUCCUCUGCUGUCCUACUGACAACCUCGUCAUUCAUUAUCCCAUCACUCAGCAAGCUUUUCACCAUCUUUCUAUAACAAUACGUCUCAAAUGCUUAGACUCUCCUUUUUGUGAAUAACGUAAAAAUGUUAUCAUUUAACAAAUGUGUUCACAUAAAUGGUGGGCAUUAUGUGGUGGUCUGUGUUUCCUGCUAGAUGGCGCUAUUAUCACUGAAAUCCACAAGUAGAAGUUUUAAUUUUCCAAAUGAGAGGUACCGUUUCUUAAUUAAGACGGAUUCUAUACUUUACAUGUCCGUAUUGAGCUCGGAACAUUGAUUUUCCAGUUUUUGAUAGAUAAAACCAGGUUUACCAGAAAUAAAUAUGUUCACGUGUCUUACUUUAAUUGAAAUCCGCCGUUUCUAAUUCCCAAACAUGAUACAUGACAAAUGAAAUAUCGAUAUGUUACUUUAAAUACUUUCUCUACUGGUUCAAAUGGCUAUGAGCACUAUGGGACUUAACAUCUGAGGUCAUCAGGCCCCUGGAACUUAGAACUACUUAAACCUAACUAACCUAAGGAUAUCACACAUAUCCAUGCACCAGGCAGGAUUCGAACCUGCGACCGUAGCGGUCGCGUGGUUCCAGACUGAAGCGCCUAGAACCGCUUGGCCACACCGGGCGGCCAAUACUUUCUCAGCUGAUGGUAAUUAUAUGGCAAUAUUUUCUUGCUGCAUACAUCAAAACGAUACGGCAGUGUCAUAUAUGCCAAUAUUCGUUGCUCGUCAUUGAAGUUUCUUGGAAAACACCGCAGAAUCCGGCAUUGGGGUUAAUAAACUAAUUGGGGGAAAGCAUUCAGCAACAAUGAUUUGGAUUUUCUGCCUUCAGUAAAAAUGACUGCACCUUUAGUAGAGGUCUGAAGAACAUCUAUCACUUUUCCCAUAGACAUGUUUUGUGUAUGAGAAUUACUAUGUUAUUCUGUGGUUUCUUCUUUUGCAUCUCUGAUUUCCUUCAUAAUAUGUGACAUAAAUCCACAGCAUGUUUUAAUGUGCUAAAGGUUAGCAAAUCCUCUAAUACGGGAUGAUAUUAGUUAUCAAUUUAUAUUACCCAUAUUUGCGAAUUGUAUUACUAAUUUAUUAAUUUAUACUAAGAACCUCCACUUAGAUUGUGUGAAAUAAUUAAUAUUUUCAAUCUAUCUCCACAAGGCACUGCGGUGGGUCUUGGUAGAUGUUCAACAAACAAAUGAAAACACUAGAUUUUUACAGUAAUGUUAGUCAAAAAUUAUUUUAGUGAACUUGAGUUAAUUCACUGAUAUUUUUACAUUAUAAAUAUCUAAAGUUUGAUUGCGCGUGUAUGGAUUUGACACCAAAGUUUGUGGUCGCUUAAGAAAAGAAUUAAUGCAUUUUUUCUGGUGGGUUGUACAGUAAAUAAAUAAUAUAGUUUGGACUCAUU